AUGCAUCAGAUUUACAGCUGCAGUGACGAGAAUAUAGAAGUUUUCACCACCGUGAUUCCUUCCAAGGCUCCCAGUCCAGCCAGAAGAAGAGUCAAAAGCUCUCAACACCUCCUGAGCAAAAAUGUGGUGAUCGAGUCGGACCUCUAUGCGCCCCGGCCUCUGGAGCUGCUGCCACACCGCAGUGACUGCCUCCAUAGCCACGACAGCGAGGCCCGCAGGUUCGGCAGGCUCCAGAACGCGCGGCAGCAAGGACCCCAUUCCGCCAAAAAUCCCGCCAGACCUCUGCGGCUUUCUGAUCCCAAAUCAUCCAAUCUGUGUGGGAACCGAGCAUAUGGAAAAUCUUUGAUUCCUCUGGUCCCCCGGAUUUCAGUGAAAGGCCCACUGGCAGUGGAGGCAGCAGCCACAAGCUCUGAGAACAGCACUGUUAUGGCAGAGGGCUCCAGACACCUCAAGAAGAUGACUGAAGAGUAUCCAGCCCUUCCCCAAGGAGCAGAAGCCUCCCUACCACUGACAGGAAGUGCUUCUUGUGGUGUCCCCGGCAUCCUCCGGAAAAUGUGGAUGAAGCACAAGAAGAAAUCCGAAUAUGUGGGAGCCACCAACAGUGCAUUUGAGGCUGAUUAA